GUAGCAUGCGCCGGGAACUGGAAAUAUUGAGCCUAACCCAUAUUUCGAUAGACGUGGUUUUGCGGCUACAGUUGCUUGCACUCUUGGGCAAUGUGACAGUCCUUUAGGCACUGCUUUUUUCUUUCUUGCCACCGAUUUUCCAUGGAAAGCAGAACCUAUAUCGAGGAACAUUUGGGGCACCGUAGUUUCCAUCCGGCGACCUAGCUCCGUCUUUCAUGUGGCACUAGUAAAUUUGGUUAUGCUAAGGUUAGACUCGUGCGCGUUCAUAACUUCCCAUCGCUCCUUCGUCACAUGCUUUUUGUCUUCUCUUUGCGCGUUGUAUGGUCGUCUCGCAUCCACCGUUCUGCGCUUGCCAGUUAUUUCGAGAAUAUUUUAACGCGUUGUGUUUUCCUUAUUUUCCGAAAUCUCUGACUUGCCUGUCGUGGUGAGCCGUUUGAAUCAAGAAGAGAAGGAGAAACAUCAAUUUCCUUCCUGCACGUUAAAUUCUAAAAAUUUGUCUUCAGGUGACUUGAUGUUGAACUACUCGUUCUUGGCCGACCCCUAAGAGUUGGUAUGUGCCAGUAAUUCCAAAGGAUCCACAUCUACUUCUAAAUACGUCGCCUGCCUUUUGGCCAAUCCGACGUAGUGAGUAUGGCUCAUUGAUAGGAGACAAGAACAAGAACGUGCAGAAAGAAGAACGUGCUGCUCCUGUGGCAUCACUUAGCCGCUGGUGUAAGUUCAGAUUAAUUUGUACUGUUGAGGCGUUCCACUGUAGCGACAAAGUCCUGAAACAUUGCGUCAAGGAUAGUCAACAAGCUACGAAGAAUCCAGCGAUACACGCCGCCAUUGCUCACAGCCAACUAAGUUCCUUUGCGUCGUUCGCGAUUGUGCGGCGAACAAGCGUGCCUCCUGUUGUUCUACUCCGAACUGUUGUGCCAAUACUGAUUCGCGACACCGGUAGCCUACGCAAGGAAACGCAGAGCUGGACUGUGCACGAUUCACCCGAUGGGCACCAACUUGAGCCAGCGGCAGCUGGUCGUCGCAGUCGUGCACCUGUCACUGCUGACGCACGCAGUGAGCGGCGACGCGACGCUUCGUAAGGCCAGCUGCCGCAUCGUGGGCAAAAACGUGGAAGGACUGUUAGUAUUCAUGUCGCGUAGCGACAUCGUUGCUAUUCGAGUCAUCAUCGACGGCCUCGAGCCUGGCAAGCACGGGCUUACCAUUGUUGGGACUCGUGUAGCGUUUAGGCCGGUGAUCCUUGAGCCAGAGGGAUGAGUACGUCCGGGAGUAAAGCGAGAGAAAAAAGGGUUUAUUCUACAUAUUUACAGUGGCUCCAAAUAUGGAAGCCCACUCCAUGGGGGAGCACUUCGAAAGUCUCAGCUCACUAUAUGUCUGAUCACAUAUCAGAACACGUCAGGACACUCCACUGCACUCAAGGUGUCUCCUUAUAAAGCAUUCGUCUUCCCUAGUUGACCCGACUAGGGAAUCAGAUGACCUUGAUGCGGCCAAUCAGAGGGGUCGUAUUGUUCACUGAACUCCGCCUCUAAUGUUGCACCUUCGAAGCAAGGACGAGGCAAUCCGGAAACAGGAGGUUCACACUCCUUCCACAAAAGUCGGUGACUUAGUUUCUUGUCCUCCGACGGUCAUCUUGCCAGGGUCGGGAGAAUGGCCUUCACGCUAAUCCCCGCUUCUAACGAAGGGUGGCGGUUGUGGUCGGUCGCUUCUAAGUGAGCUUCUUUGUCCGAACGUCAAUGCCGGUGUCAGGCCGCGUCGCCAGGUAGGCGGUCGUUGAUGAAGGGGGUGGCAUCGGGGGAAGCACCCAAAAGAUUAACACUGCCGAGUUGGGGCGCUUGUUUGUCCGUCUCGUCGGUGUCAGACACUGUCGCCGUCUGGGCGACGCUGAUGAAAGGGCCUGCCUCGAUGGGAAACAAUCCAAGAAUGCGCCCGGCCGAUUCGGGACGCAACACCAUCAACGAGUCGGGUAACGUGACGGACAACUGCGACGCUGUCGGAGCUCACUUCAACCCGUACGGCAAGGAGCACGGACCCGCGACCUCGGGAAAUUCUCACCUGGGCGACUUGGGUAACGUGGAUGCCUCCGAUGACCUUAUCGCCCAGGUGCAGAUCACCAGCCGAAGACUUCAUCUCUACGGUAAUGACAGCAUCGUGUCCCGCUCGUGCGUCGUCUACGAGCGGCCGGAUGACUAUGGCGCCAAGGGCGACGUAGUGAGCAAGUCCACUGGCAAUAUGGGUGAUCACGUGGGCUGCGGCCUCAUCCGGGGCUUCGGCAAGCAUGCCGCCAGCAGCGCUGCUGCGUUCGUUUUGCCGCUGCUUCUGUCGCCGCUGGGGGCAGCGUUCGUCCUCAGUCCAUGCCCCUUUUGACGGUCGCUUAAGUCUAACCUUAUUUUUGUUUUCUACUGCUUCCUGCAAUGAAUGCCGUUACUCUUAAUUUUUAACUUCGUGUUUUGCUCGGUCAUAGUGUGCGUAACAAAUACUGCAAAAGUAGGGAGGGUGCGUACAAGCAGGAGGACAUGCGAAACCCUGAACCAAUGCCUAACAACAAGCGUGGUUAUCCCAGGCGUCUUUGGUUAUGCCGCUGAUGGUUCCGAGUUUGUCGCAUUCAAGUCAAUGUCAUGCUGCCCUUUGACAGCGGGUAGUUUAGUUUCCAUGGACAAUUAAUAGCGUCCUGCAGAGAGACUGAUGUCACUAUACAGUGUAUUAUCAAUGGCCGUACUUUUCAAGGCCCUACGAAGCGAGAAUUAACGUUAAUGUUUCAGAGUAAAGUUCUUCGUGUUGCUACCGAUAUACGACUGCUCCCUCAAAGUCGGAGUCGUUCACUCACGUAUAACCUGUUUCUUGAGAGCGUAUUAGUUUUGUUCGCUUACAGAAAGACUAAUUUUGUAAGAAAAUUAAGGGAGAUCUGCGCAUCUUUCAGCAGCCCCUCCAUACACCAUCUCGAAUCGUCCCUUUCCCUAAUUAGGUCACAUGGUCCUCACUAGCCACGAAAAUCAAUUCAUUCAGCGCUGCACAUCAUAGAUGAUCUUGACUAUGGUGAUGAUGAUGAUCCUGAACUUUGGCACGCCACACACUACGAGAAUUAGGCCAAAAAUGGGUGGCAGGAAGAAAAAUAAAAGCGAGUACUCUUGUGCGAAAAAAAUUCAUGAAUAUAAAAGAUACAAGUUCUCUCCGAGGGCAGCUCCCAGCACCAUUUAACGUUCACUUCAUUGCUGGGUUGUCACUUUCUUUAGCACCAUGGUGCGGCAGGGCAAAGGCUUUCUGCACUUCCUCUUUAUCUUCGGCAAAGAAGGCGAGUGUCUCGCUAACCUCGGACACACUGCAAGUGUUCUAUCGCAUCCCUUCUACGAGCCACACAUCUACUAGGAAAGUUGUACGAAGGCCACAUGCGACACGCACCUCACCACCGGACCCGCCGUGGUGGCGUUGUGGCUUUGGUGUAGCACUGCUAAGCCCGAAAGCGCGAGAUGGAAUCCCGGCCGCAGUGGCCGGGAUUUCGAUGGGGACGAAAUGCAAUAACACCCGUAUACCGUGCAUUGGGCACACGUCAAAGAACCUCAGGCUAAAGAAAACAUUGACGCACUGGGAGCUAUACUGUGCUGCAUUUCCAACCUCUCGUUAAGCCGUUGUGCAUACCCAUCGUCACUAAAAUUGGCCAAGGUUAUACCGAUAUUUAAGAAUGUUAAUAAAUAUGAUUCCUCUUGUUAUCGACCAAUAUCUGUCCUGAGUAUACUAAAUACUAUUUAUGAAAAUAUUCUUGCGAAGCGAAUUCUAAAGUUAUAGGAAAGUACAACAUAAUUGGUCGGCAGCAACAAGGAUUCUGGUCAGGUUUUUCCACAUCUACUGCAGUAUUGUCUCUCAUUCAAGUACUUAAUGCAGCUCUCAAUAACAAUAAGCUUGUCGCACUAGUAUUUAUUGUCCUAAGAAAAGCUUGCGACACUAUCGAUCACUACAUCCUACCAAGUUAACUAAAAUACUAUGGUUUUCGCGGAAAGGCUGCCGAGUUGCUCGGAAGUUGCUUAAAACACCGCAGUCAGGUAGUCGUAAUGAACAACUUCAUAUCGUCCCCUCGGCAAAUUAAUACAGGUGUUCUUCAAGGAUCAGGUCUGCGACCUUUUUUUUUUUCCCCUGUACAUCAAUGACUUGCCCAAUGCGGUAAGCUCUGCACAAAUACUAAUGUAUGCCAAUGAUACAGUUAUAACAGUAACAGGAGAUGAUGUCCAGAUUGUUCUAAGGAAAACUAAUGCCUAACUAACAUUUCUAGAUAGAGUGCCGCAAAUAAAUUAACAGUUAACCUAGAAAAAACAAUACAUGAUCGUUCAUUCGCGAAAUAAGCCUGUAUACUAUAGAUGCAUAUUCAGUUCAGUGUUCACAUAUAGUACGUACAGACAAUACUCGCGAGCGCACUUCGUUCAAAUAUACUGGCGUAGUAAUAGACUGUC